CAGCGCAAGUGAGGGCGGGAGCGCGCAGAGAGGGAUAUGAAUUGACCAGAGGAUAUUGAUAUUGGAAAAAGAGCUGGGAAGCUCCGUGGUUUGUUUUAAUAAAGAUAACUGUGCGUAAAGUUGUUAAACGGGGAUGAGGGUUUGAAGCGCACGCGACUCCCGCCGCUCACGCGCGCCGGAGGAUCGAUCCUUCAUGUUCAUGGAGUUUAUAAGCGGGAGCCGCUAGAAUGGACGUGAUCGAUGAAACGGAGGCCCUACAGAGAUUCUUCGAAGGUCAUGAUAUUAACAGUUCUUUGGAGCCAACAAACAUUGACACCAGUAUCUUGGAGGAAUACAUCAGCAAAGAGGACGACACUACAGAUAUUUGUUUCACAGAGGUUCACAGUACCCCAGGUCCCCAGUACCUCUCCCCCCAGGCCGGGGCAUCCUCUUCAGGGGGGGUAGGGUGUGGCGUGAGCCCCCCCAUCCCCCUGCGCCAGGGCGCUGCCCCAUCUCUGGCCCAGUCCUGCCAGAACCCCUACCCACCUCCACCCCCACUGGGCCUCCUCAGACACAAUUACCCCUGCCUGGGGCAACAGCAGAGUCAAACGCCCCAACAACAACAGCAGGCCCACGUCAAAUCGGACAACCGCGGACAGUACGCACCAGGAACGCUACCUGAGUCCCCUCCGGACUCCAGCUCAGAGCCUUAUUCCCCCCAGCAAGCCAACGAUCCGCACAUGCUCAGGACAAUGACGCCCGAGAACAUGUGUCACAUGACCAGUCCUCCACCUCUCCCCACACACCCCCACUAUCCCAGCAUGCACCGGGACAUGUACCUGAAGCCAGAGCCUAUGAUCACGCAGUAUCCAAUUGGUCCUGCCAGCGGUGGGGGCGGUGACAUGCAGCAGAGUCAGAUGCUACAUCAACUCCUGCAACAUCCACAAGCACCAGAUGGAAUUCCUGUUCAUCCUGCAAAGAAGAGAAAACACUCAGACUCUCCCAACAGUACUCUCAACUCUCAGAUUCUCACGGGCAUCAUCAAACAAGAGCCAGGUUUGAUGCAGGAUGCAGAAAACUCAUAUCUGGAUCCAAACUACCAGUGCAUAAAGUGGCAGCCGCACCAGCAGAACAAAUGGACUCCGUUAUACGACAGCAGUGGAAAAGAACUUCCAAUGCCUACAUAUAGAGUGGAUGCAGAUAAAGGUUUUAACUUCUCCUUGGCUGAUGACGCGUUUGUGUGUCAGAAGAAGAACCAUUUCCAGGUGACGGUGUACAUCGGAAUGCCGGGAGAUCCCAAAUACAUGAAGACCAGCGAGGGACUGCAGCUGAUUGAAUGCUUUUACCUGAAACUCAACGGAGUCAAGUUGGAAGCGAUGAAUCAGUCCAUUAAUGUGGAGCAGUCGCAGUCUGACCGCAGUAAGAGGCCCUUCAAACCAGUGCUAGUGACACUGCCACCAGAGCAGGUUACCAAGGUAACCGUGGGUCGUCUACACUUCAGCGAGACCACAGCAAAUAACAUGAGGAAGAAAGGCAAGCCGAACCCCGACCAAAGGUACUUCAUGCUGGUUGUAGCUCUUCAAGCUCAGUGUCACAGUCAGAGCUUCACGGUGGCAGCUCACGUCUCCGAGAGGAUCAUCGUCAGGGUAACCGCUGCAUCUAACCCAGGUCAAUUUGAAAGUGACAGUGAAGUGUUGUGGCAGAGAGGACAGCUGCCAGACUCUGUGUACCAUCACGGCCGGGUGGGCAUCAACACAGACCGUCCCGAUGAGGCCCUGGUCGUCCACGGCAACAUGAAGGUCAUGGGUUCCCUUGUGCAUCCUUCUGAUAUUAGAGCCAAGGAGAAUGUCAAAGAGGUGGACACCACCGAUAACUUGAGGAGGAUUUCGCAGAUGAGGCUGGUGCAUUAUCAGUAUAAGCCUGAGUUUGCAGCCACAGUGGGCAUCGAAGCCACCGCUGAGACGGGGGUGAUUGCUCAGGAAGUCCAGCAAAUUUUGCCAGAAGCUGUGAAAGAGGGUGGAGAUGUGGUGUGUGCUAAUGGAGAGACCAUACCUAAUCUACUGGUCGUCAAUAAAGAGCGAAUCUUUAUGGAGAAUGUGGGGGCAGUAAAGGAACUCUGCAAACUCACAGAUAAUCUGGAGACUCGCAUUGACGAGCUUGAACGCUGGAGCCGAAAACUCGCCAAACUGCGCCGACUGGACAGCAUGAAAAGCACCGUCAGUGGAGGCACAGUCAGUCUAUCGGGAAGUUAUUUUAGCAGAACUGGAAGUGGCCCACUCAAGAAGAAAACAGCCAAGCCAGGAAACAAGAAAUCUGUUCCAGAGCAGGGCUGCCUGAGUCACAGGUUCAUGCAGGGCACCAUCCUGGCACUGGUCAUCAUCAUGGCCUUCAGUGUCAUCUCCAUGUCCAUCCUCUAUGUGCUCAAUCUUCAACACCACGGAACCAUAACUGAUGGCGAGGGCUCUGCGUCCCACUGCCUUCUCUUCGUCUCUUGGACGCCCUUCCUCACUGCAACCGUCACAUUCUGUCCAUCCUUCUGUCUGUGGUCUCGUUCUGUUCUGGGAUCAGCUCAUCAGGCCUCUUUCUCCCCUCCCAAAGUAACCACGUCAACUCUUUCUCCUGAAUCCACCUCUUCAUCUCUGUCCAAUCACCCGGCCUGCUGCCCUCCGACACCUGCCACAACCAACCAAUCAGCCACCAUCAGUCUGUUGCCAAGCACCAACCAAUCCAUUCCAGACUCCAGCACUGCAGUCCCCACACAGGCCACUAUUAACAAGAAGGCAAAGUCACGACCGCUGGACAAAGACAGCCGGAAUAAGAAUCGUCUGAGUCACACGUCGGCCCCUUUAUUCCUCAACAAAUCCAAACGGCCCCCUCAGCCCCCAGAACUGAGUGGAGCCACCAAACGCAUGCCUGGUGGACAACAACCAUCGCCCCGAAGACAACGUAGUUUAAAGACACAGGAUGGAAAUCCACCAGCCUUUCUGAGCAAACUGCACAUCAUUGAGAUGGAUCAGGAGAUCAGAACACUCGAUUGCUCCUCACCUGAAAGCUGCAGCUUCACAAUGUUUCUGCGUGGUGAGAGAAACUCAUCUAUGUCUUAUGUGACUGUGAACAUGAUCUCUUCUGACGUUGUGUGGGUAUGGCAGUGUGGAGCCACCAGGGGGCGCCUCUGUCCAAAUCACCCAGUUACUUCUUUCAUACUAGAGCGCAGCACUUCCACAAUGGGAACCAGUCACCUGUGGUCACUUCCUGUUAUGCCAUUCCAGGAGGUCACCUACCAUUUCCGUGUGUCACGCUCUAGUAAAACUGGAUGUAGCAGUGAGGAAUUGGAUGUCGUUUCACCCCAGUUCUCUGAGUACAGUUUCCACAUUCAAAGCAAAUGCUAAAGAGUUUCGAAUUCUCGAGAGUCUGCUCCUAUCGCCGGCCCAGAUUCAAAAACUGUUUUAUCUGGGUGGACCAAUAAAGACGUCUUAUCUGUGUUUGCUCUUUAAAAUGCAUAGUUGUACAAGAUGAGAGGAAAAUGAGCAUUAAAAAAAAAAAAAAAAAAAAAAAAAACGUUUUUGUUUUCACCUUUCUAAGAUCACUUAGCCUUGUUUCACUGGGAUAUUACAGCUUGUAUGCACACAUGGACACUUGUUAAAUGCCUUUUGAUUUGUCAAGAUAUUAUGUAAACAGGUACCAGUGUGUGCUUGUGAGGUGGAGUUUAUGUUCCGCUAAAUUGAUGCAACUUACAGUACUUUUAGGUCAGCUCUUUCAGGUCUUUUUAUCAGCACACCCACUCUUUUGAAAUCUGUUUAGUCAAUGAUUAUAUAUACACUGGAAUUGGCUUUAACUGCACCAACAGGCUUAUUAUUAAUUAAUGAGACAGAAAUCAGGAUAUUUACCUCAUGUUUAGUCAUUUCUACUGAGUCCAGCCAAAGUCAUGUGACCACUGGAGCCAAAACGGGAAAAACUGGCAACUACUAUUAAAAGAUACUGAUUUUUCAUAAACAAUAUAGAAAGUAAAUAUAUUGAAAGGUUAGCUACUGUAGGAAAUAUAUCAGGUCAUCUCAAGCAUUAAACAAGAAAAGGGUAAUACCAUAAAUAGACGAACCACUGGAUUUCUCUAGCUUGCAAAAACUGGAAUUAAUUCACACUGGAGCAAACAGCAAUAUCACUUUUAAAGUCACGCACUGUGGCAAAAGCACUGCAUCAUAAUUACCAUCAUUUAAAAUAAAUAUACACUCAUUAACAAAUGUCAGGAACCAUUUCACGUUGAGUUUCUACAAUGUAACUUUAUUCUUUUCUUUUCCUUACUCCGUUUUACACUGUAAAUUCUCUCAUUUUUAAUAUGUUGUAUACUAUAGGAUACUUUGCACACUUAGUAGGCCUAUAUAGAAUGCAAUAUAUACAUCAAAAGAUAUCUUUGGAACAAUAUGCAGUAUAUGCAGUAUAAUCUUGUAUAGUUUUAUGAGCAUUAUUAGUCUUAACUCUAAUUGUAAACAUGCAUGUUAACAUGAAAUCACUGUUGCUCAAAGGGCAAAACAGCCCUCAGUAGUUUCUCAGAGAAUUUGUUAGACAAAUUUUCAGCUUUGUUAGAUAGAACUCUAAUUUCAUGCUCAUUUCUAAUCUUUUUUUUUUUUUUUGUAAAUUUCUCCCUUCUUUAUUAUUUUGUCCUUGUAAAUUUCACUGCCUUAUUUUGACUCACUUUUUAGCAUGUGCCUGUUUCUUUUUCUUGUAUAAAUAACAGUUUGAUGUCAAAAAUGUGUAUGGAAUACUUUGAUUAAGCAAUAAGGUAAGCCAUAAUGGAGUUUGUAUGAGGCUGGAUAAUAUGUGAUUAUGUUUAUGAUAAUAUGUCAUAUAUUCACGGUGAAAUAAUGAACCGAAACAGUGGUGUUUGAAAAUGUUGUGCACUAAAAUUACAAUUUUCCUAAUAUACCACUAAUGGAUAAUACUGAUAAUGAGUUUGAAACAGUGUAAAAAAAAUUAAUAAAAAAAAAAAAGAUUAAAAAAAAAACGCCAUUGGUGAUGGUUGUCUGAAAUCUAAUAUAUGGUUGUUAUUUUUUCUUUUUUCUUUAAACAACAAUAUCACACCUGAAUAAAGCAGCCCUCUUGUGGAAAACACAAGGAAGCACUUCCAAGCUAUGCACUGUAAAUAGUUUUCUAAUGUUUUCUGUGGCAUCUAAAACUAUGUUAAAAUUCUCUGUAAUAUAUAAAACAUCUUUGAAAUGCUCUUGUGAGAAUGCAGUUUUUUGUUUUUUUUAUUGUUUGUUUGUUAUAACUCAAUUUUGUACAACCAUAUCCUUUCAUUCUGUUCUUUUCACUCUUCUUUUACAAAUUAGGGUUAGUUUUAAUGACAUAUAAUUUUGACUAUAUUUAUGAUUUAUUUUUGCAUUAUUAAUCAUAACGCAUAAAAAAAAAAUUAAAAAAUGUGCAUUUGUUUUAUUUACAUGUUUUAAAUGAGGUACAAACAUUUAUUGUUGGUCUUUGGAUGUUGAUCUGUGGUACAAAAUUUCCUAAACUGAUAAAACCACCAAAGGAAAAAAACAACAACAACAACUCAAUUGUCUGUCUUGUCAUGUUUAUCUUUAAGGCUUAAAGCCCAGUAAGAACUAAAAUAUUAAACAUUUCUAAAUUGUU